AUGAGUCCUUCGAGCCCUGUAUCUUUCGUCCCUGACGGAGAAAACUCAACACUCUCGUCGCCACUCUCCAACCUCUCCAGAACACCAUCAUUGCCUUCGUCGCCCGAUAUGCCCGACCCCACGAAGCGCUAUCCGUCUCCAUCAACGACCGCAUCGGGUCCGCACUCUCCAGAUAAGACGUGUGACCUUCCAUCCGAAGAUGAAAUUGUCGCCAAACCACUCGAUGAUUCCACUUCAGGGCCCCCGCCAGCCAAAAAGCGUCGCAUAUCUCCCCCGAAAGAACGCACUACCGAGUACCUGGAUCUCAUGAAGCCCGAAGAUGAACUCACCGCCGAAGAUCGUGGCCAGUUGAAAAGGCUUAUUGACACAUUGCGCAAGAAGAAGAAGAUUGUUGUCAUUGCUGGUGCUGGCAUUUCUGUUUCAGCAGGAAUUCCCGACUUCCGCUCGUCCACUGGCUUGUUUGCGACCGUCAAAACUCAGCAUAACCUCAAGGGCUCUGGUAAACAUUUGUUCGAUGCCUCAGUUUAUAAACACGAUUCCACAACUCAGUCUUUUCACGCGAUGGUCAGAGAAAUGGCCACAAUGACGAAAGCUGCUAAACCCACGCCAUUUCACGAACUAUUAGCAUCCCUGGCUCAGGAAGGCCGCUUAUUACGCCUUUAUUCGCAAAAUAUCGACUGUCUUGACACCCAAUUAAAGCCUCUGGCCACCGAGGUUCCCCUUAACCCCAAAGGCCCCUGGCCCGUUACAAUCCAGCUGCACGGCGGUCUCCAGAAAAUGGUCUGCACCAAAUGCAACAAUAUCCGGGAGUUCAAUGGCGAGGUUUUUGACGGCCCAGAGGCCCCACUUUGCCCAACAUGUAAAGAUCUCGACGAAGUUCGGACCGCCCAUGCUGGGAAGCGAAGCCAUGGCAUCGGCAGACUACGACCGCGAUUUGUGCUCUACAACGAGUACAACCCAGACGAGGACGCCAUUGGAAAUGUUUCAAGUGCUGAUCUUAAGGCCCGUCCUGAUGCUGUAUUGGUGGUUGGAACGACACUCAAGGUUCCAGGAACUCGCAGACUGGUGAGGGAGAUGUGUCAAGUCACACGAGGACGAAGGAAUGGCACUGCUAUUUGGAUCAAUGUGGACGACGAGCCCAAAGGCGUUGAUCUGAAAAAUUGCUGGGAUAUCGUAGUGCGGUCAAAGUGCGAUGACGUGGCUCGAUCUGCAGCACUUCCUCCAUGGAAUAUCACCAUUGGGCAGGAUUAUGAGGUAUCCGAGGAAGAUUUCUCCAAGGGUCAAGAGGAACGCAAACAGAAUUUCUCUGUUGAAAUUCCGGCGAACUCCGUCUCCGCGCACUCUCAUACUGAAGAUCAGGGCGCAGCCAAAUCGAAGCAGGUAAACCAGGUGCAGGGUAUACCAACACCUCAUGCAAGCCCCAAGAUAUCGGCAGUCAGGAACCUGGCGAAGACGACACAGACCACGAUAUCUUUCGACGGCAAGGUUACGACAGAGAAGCCUGCACAGCUCUCCAAACAACGCGGGCCCUCCAAACAACGCGGGCGCAAGAGAAAGGCCCCAGGUGGACAUAAGGAGGCGCCACUCAAAAGUUUCAAGGCAACUAAAAAUAUUAUCAACCAAGAGAAGGUUGACGGAUCUGCAUCAGCUACUCAGACGAAGCGGAACGUAUCUGGCAAAGAGAGAAAUCGCCAUCCUCUGCCCUCUCAGCGUCCUGCGAAUGCGUCGCAUAAAGAGACAUUGACCGACACCAAGGACCUAUGCGAGAAGCCCCGUCAACGGGGAUCUGGCCUUCCUUCAACCCCGACCACAAAAAUGAAGGGCACCAUUUCUCCACGUUCGUACCCUAACAAUACGCGACACCUAAUCGACUAG